AUGCCACAAACAGAAGAUUCCAAGCAUGAAAUGCUGAAUAAAUGUUCAGAUUAUUAUCGAACAAAUCAAGUCGAACUCAAAAAAAUUGAAUUAUUUCGUAAUAACUAUACAUCCGAUAAGGCAAUUGAAUGGUAUACUUGCGAUUCCUUUAUUUACAGACUUCUUAACAAGGCUCUAAGAACAGAAGAUAUUGAUUUACUAUAUUUAUUUCGGUUUUAUAUUAUUGAUUUAUGUUCACAAAUAGAACAAGAAAGCAAGAGAAAAGUAAUUGACACUGAAACAUUCACACUUUAUCGAGGUCAACAGAUAUCAACAGACGAAUUUAAUAAAUUAAAAGCCAAUGUUGGUGUUCUUAUAUCAAUAAAUGGAUUCUUUUCGACCAGCCGUGAUAUGAGUAUAGCUCAAGGAUUUAUAGCAGGUGCUAACGAUACAGAUUAUAUGAAAACAGUUCUAUUUGAAAUAAAAGUUCAAUCUAAUCUUGAAAAAGUUAUGUUUGCUGAUGUUGACCAAUAUAGUCGAAUACAAGGUGAACAAGAAGUGUUGUUUAGUGUUGGAGCUGUGUUUAAGAUUGACAAUAUCCAGUUCGAUCUAUAUCUACAACUAUGGAAAAUUGCAAUGACAGCAACGGAUGAUGGUUUAACAAAUAUUCAAAACUAUGUUAAUUCAAUCAGACAAGAAAUAGAUGAUAUCAGUCCAAGUAUUUUAUUUGGAGCUCUUCUUUUUAAUGAGAUGGGACAAAUUGAUAAAGCAGAAAAAUAUUUUAAUAUGUUGUUAAAAACAUUGCCAAGAGAUCAUCCAGAUGUUCCUGAUGCUUAUGACCAAAUUGCUAAUAUUUUUGCUGAACAAGGAAAAUUGAAUAUGGCAUUAGAAAACUAUACACAUGCAUACGAAAUACGUCAAGUCCGAUUUCUUAAUGAUGAUAUCCACAUAGCAAACUCCUUACAUAAUCUUGGUUUCAUCCAUAAACAAAAAGGUGAAUAUGAUAAAGCAAUGGAUUAUUAUAGAAAAGUUCUAGCUAUUGAUGAAAAAAAUUAUCCAAAUGACCAUGCCAAUAAAACUCAUACUAUGAUAUGUAUAGGUAUGGUAUAUAAUCUAAACAAAGAAUAUGAUUUUGCAUUAGAUUACAUGAUGAAAUCAUAUGAAAUGUAUAAAAGACUGUUACCCUAUCAACAUCCAUAUAUUUCAUCGACUCUGUGGAAUAUUGGAGAAGUUUAUAAAAAUAAAUUAGAAUAUGAUUGUGCACUUGAAUUUUAUCAUUCUGCGUUGGAGAUGAACGAAAAGAUUUUACCCAAUGAUCAUCCAGAUCUUAAGAAGAAUUUAGAUCAAAUUACUGAAUUAUACACAGAAAAGGGUGACUAUGCGCAGGCUUUGAAUUAUUGUCAAGAAAAGCUGACUAUCUUAAGGAGUGUAUUAGAAGAAAAUCAUCCAAGAAUUGUUCAUAUUCUAAUGAAGAUCAAUGAUUUAGCAGAACUUUCUAAUGGAGGAUUGGACCAAUAUAGUUCAGCUUAA